AUGGUUGAAGCACAACUUAAACAGCUACUAGAUGAUCUUCGUUCCCCCGAUAAUGAGGUCCGAAAGGCAGCCGAGGCUCAAUAUGAUACUGCUGUUCAGUCCACUCCAGAGUGGUUAAUGCACGCUUUGUCAGAGAUCUGUGCUGUAACUGAGGAUUCAGCUACGUGUUCAAUUGGGCUCAUUUUACUACGAAAACUUUUUAACCUCCGUCCUUCUCCGUUUGAUACCGCUGAUGCUGCAGCAAAAGAGACCAUUAAAGGAAGGAUGCUACAGGUACUGGGUACAGCAGCAUUUGGUAAACAGCGGGGAUCGGCCGCGGCCUGUGUUAGCGCUCUUGCGGUGCGUGUCUUUGAACUGCAUCAGGAUUGGGAUGAGUUAUGGAAAAGUAUUUUUGAUGUCAUUGGUGCGCCUGAAUCUCAGGCAGAUUUAAAAGCAGUUUGCUGCGAAAUCAUUUCGACCACAGCCAGUACGAUGACUGAAUUCUUUAAAGCUCACAUUGAUUUACUAAUUGUUGGGUUACGCAACUGUCUUCAGACGCAGGGUGCGGCCUUUGAUGCAAAGAGUGCAGCAUUUGAAGCUGCGAUUUCCCUCGCGACUCUUGGAUUUAGUGCCAAGGUUUCAACCCUUGUGCCUGUUAUGUUGGAAGUUGUGCAAGAACGGUUAAACGCUCAAGAUUGGGAUAGCGCUGAGGCGUUUACGUCAUCUAUUGUGGAGGGGAUUUCAAACAGCCCUCAACUGUUUGAAGGUCAUGCGGUGGAGCUGCUGACCGGCAUGAUGCAAGUAGCUGCAACCCCUUCUGUGAGCGCGAAUGCGCGUUACAUGGCUGUGGAGUCUCUUCUUUCUUUUUGUGAGGAACAACCCAAGAUUGCUCGGAAGGUUCCACAGUUCCCGACAACAUUUUUUAACUUGCUCUUUCAAUACCUCCUUAACGCUGAAUAUGGGGAUAAUUGGGAUAACACCCUUGAUGAAGAAGGAGAAGACCUGGAGGAGCAGAACGACUUUGCGAUUGGUGCCAAUGGGCUCGACCGUAUCACCACCGCAAUCGGUGGGCGCAAGCUACAGGGCACUGCACAGAAGCUCUUUACGGAUAACAUUUUCAGCACCGAAUGGAGAAAUAAGUGCGCGGCCUUAGUCCUCAUUUGCUACACCUCAGAAGGGUUCGUCAACGUGUUUCAGCAGCAAUUGAAGAAGCUGGUGCCUAUCAUUCUCUCUUGUGUUACCAACGAGGUGAAGUACGUGCGCUAUUCGAGCUUGGAGUGUUUGGGGCAGAUGUGCCAGGACUUCGGCCCUAACCUGCAACUCGAGAUGCACUCACAGAUGCUUUUGCCGAUUAUCGAGGCACUGCGCGAUCCCGUCCCGCGCGUCGCCGCCAGCGCUGCUCUUUGCUUGAAUUCCUUCUUCCACGAAUUGUACGAGCCUGAAGACGAGGACGACGAAAACGAUGACAAGUAUGCUGCGGAAUUCGAACCCUACGUGAAGCCAUGCUGUAUUGAGGGGGUCAAUCUGAUUCAUAGCACGCAGUAUAUGUUUGUCCGAGAGGCCGCAUUAGGCAUGCUUUCUUCUCUUACCGCUGCUGUCAAGGAUAAGCUGACGCCCUAUGUUCAUGAUCUCGUUCCGGUUUAUCAAGAGGUCCUUCGCUUGCCCGACACACCUGAUGUUCUGAAAUGCAAAUGCAAGGCCAUUGAGUGCGUGACUUUGUUGGCAUCUAGUGCAGGCAAGGAGGUAUUCAAACCCUACGCCCAUGAGGUUUGCACCUACUUAUCCUCGUUGACUAUGAGUGGGAUAUCCAACGACGAUCUUCGCUUUCGCUUCGUGCUGCGCGCUUGGACUUGCAUGGUUGAAUGCCUCAAGGAUGAAGUCCUUCCCUACAUGCAGAGCGUUAUCCCGCUGCUUAUUUCCGUCAUGAACACCAAAUGCGACCUACAGAUGGAGGAUGUGGAGGUCGGAGGAGGUGACGACGCCAACACAAGCACGAAGGAUGACGAGAAGAAGGGUGUUGAGCUUAUUCGAGUGAUUGUACCUGGUGCAGGUGAAAAAGUUGUCAAGGUACACACCUCUCUCAUUGAAGAUAAGGACUUGGCGAUGAUCAUUAUUAAUGCUAUUGUGACUGAGUUAGGUGAGGCACUCAGCCCUCACUUUUACGAAAUUGCUAACAUUGCUGUCGAGCAGUUAAGCUUUCAGGCUAACUCCUCGAUUAGGGAAAACGGUGCACUUAUCGUUGAUGGUAUUCUCAAGGUUUACAAAAAAAAUCAGUCCCAGGAAGGGUUGCAAUUGGCGCAGUUUGCUCUAAACCCGCUCCUCGAUGCUCUCGCUGAGGAGGAAGAGAAGGAUGUCAUGGAGACGUUCAUGAGCAUCCUCGGCACGAUCGUUGAUUCUUACCCAGAGAUCGUCACCGAAGAAAGCGUUCGCGUGAUUAGUGAGAAGCUUCUUGCGACACUGAAUGAGCUGAUCAAACAGCGCGCUGAGAUCGUUACAAAGAUGAGCCAGGAACAAGACGAGGAUGAGAUUGACAACCUUGAGGAGACGGACGAUGAGCUGAAAUCUAGCAUCAGCUCUGCAACGGAUCUCAUCGGGACGCUCUUGGAGAAAUCAAGCACCAUCUUUGGACCUUAUUUCGCGCAGAGCUUUUUACCACUAAUCGCUGGAUGGCUUCAGCCGAGCGAGGAUGAUUUCAACGUGCAGCGUGGGCAGGUCGUGCUGUGUGAUUUUGUGGAGCACGCGCCCGGAUUUGUGGCGAGCUCACUGCCCACGAUCCUCUCCACCACCUUGGCUUUCACAGGCUCACGCAAGGAUGAGGAUCUGCUACAGAGCAACUUUUACCUAAUCAAUCAGCUCGUGCAGUACCUCGGAUCGCAGAUGAACUUGGCGGAGCCUAACGUGAAUGGGGCCGACUUCGCCCUUCACGCGCAGCAGGCGUUGGUGCCCUACUUCAGCUCCAACGAAAGCCAGACCUUGCUGUAUGAACACUGCACCUGCAACGCGGUGAGUGCCUACGUCUCGAUGUUGCAUUACUUCUACCAGCCCUUGAUGAGCAACGUGACGUCGAUGUUGGAGACAAUCGUGGCGAACCUCCCAUGUAAAGGGGAUACCAUUGAGGCCAAGCGCGUUCAUGAUCGCCUGUUGUUGUGGAUCACGCAGAAUCAUCCAGUGUUGCAGGGCGUCCCCGAGAACGUGAGACAAGUGAUAAUGAGGAAGCUGGUGGAGGCCGAUGCCAGUUGCCUGUCGGAUGCUGCAAGGGCGCAGUUGAUGCAAAUGUAG